CUUUUAUAUUCCAUUGGGUUUAGGAAAAGCUUCAGCUCAUUUGCUUAGCUAAUCUGAGGCCCAAUUCAAAGAGAGAUGCAAAAAUUACAGCAGCAAAUUAUUCUUUUUGGAGGGAAACUUCCAACGGAAGCCAUCUUUUCUCCGUUUUCAGUCCAUUUUUUAUCAUUUUUCAUUUGGUUGGAGAGAAAAUUGUUCAUUUCUUUUGAGAAAUUUCUCAUCUCCAUUCGCAAAUCCCAUUAAUUUAUAUGGAAUUGUUUGUAAUAUGAGCCAUUCUUCAGAUUCUUCUUUUUCUUUCCGACGGCAAAGAUUCGAAAUUCCGGCGUCGCCGCGCAAAAGGUCGAGGAGUAACACCGUCAAAGAGGCGAUUCUGAGUGUCAGGCCACUAGGAAUCCCUUUAAUUUCAAGUUCCACAGGUGAAGUUUGUGAAUCCCUUCGUCUGGAGCCCCACAAGUCCUACACCAUUGGCCGCAAAUUGGAGUGGUGUGAUUUUGUUUUCAGUGAUCGCAGGGUCAGUAAAAGGCACUGCCAGUUUUACUUCGAUUCUUUGGAGAAGAGUAUUUAUUUGUCGGAUGGUCCAUUUCUUGGUUACGGUAGACGUGAUUAUUCUUUUGCUAAGUUUAGGUCAGGCGCUUCAACUAAUGGGGUGUUUGUAAAUGGGGUUAGGAUUGAUGGGGUGGUUGAAUUACGGGUUGGUGAUGUGGUCGGGCUCGUUUGCAGGGGUGAAGGUGCUUGUGGGUCGGGGAUUAGCAUUGGGUUUUUAGUGGAAAAAGCCGUUCUUGUAGAGGAGGUUGAUUACGGAUGUUCGGUUCAGUUGAGUCCAUGUAGUGUACAGUCGAAACAGGUUAAUGUUACAUUGAAAAGUAGCAGAGUGUUAGAUAAUACAGGUUUACUUAUGAGUUGGUGUAGAAACAUAUUGUGUAGUGAUAAUCCAGUAUCUUGUAUCCAGAAAUGUAUUGUUCUUAACCAGAAAAAGAGGAUUGAUCUUUCUUGCGGGAUUGUACUUAAGGAAUUUCCUGAACUGUUAUUAGGUAAUAGUAUUGAGUUUCGCUCAAAUAGCGGGUUUCAUAGUGGCUAUCAUAAAAGGAAGAGGGUCUACUUAACAGAAUUUGAGUCUGUUGAACAUUGUGACAGUAUAUCAAAAAACGAGGUCUUAGUGGUCCCUGAGGAAAAUACUGAGAUCCCCAGUUUUGAAAUACCGAAAAUUGCCUCUAAUGCUAACACUGAAAGGCAGUCUGGUGGUGAUGCCAUAGGUAUCCAGCAAGCUGCUGUUUCUAUUGAUAGUGCUCAACAUGGAGAGUUUCAGGACGAUAAUAAUUCUGGUGGUUGCAUUCUGCCACCUGGAAAUAAGUUCUAUCUUAACCGUCUUCAGUUUGGGGAUCAAGAAAUUGUGGAGAAUGAUGGUGAGGUUUCAUUGCCGGAGCUUUUCCAUCCAGUUGAAAGUCUUGAGAGGGUUUUCAUUGCAACAUUUACGUGUGAUAUACUAUGGUUUCUCAAUUACUGUAAGAUUCCUUGUCAUCUACCAGUGACAAUUGCUUGUCAUAACUCUGAAAGGUGUUGGAGUGCAGACCAAAAUAAAAGAAUAUCAGUGCCAUUUUCGGAUUUCCCAAACUUAACUGUGGUGUAUCCGCCAUUUCCUGAAGUUAUAGCUUUUAAUAAUGAUAGAAAGAAUUCAGGCAUCGGCUGCCAUCAUCCAAAGUUAUUUGUGUUGCAAAGAGAAGAUAGACUGCGUGUUGUUAUCUCAUCUGCAAAUUUGGUGGAAAAACAGUGGCAGAGAAUAACUAAUACAGUCUGGUGGCAAGACUUCCCACGAUUAACUAUUCCCAAUGGUUUAGCACUUUUCUCCCGUUUACCAUUUGGGGAAACCAAUUCAAAUUCAAUAUGUGAUUUUGCUGCUCAGUUGGCUGGAUUUAUGGCAUCUCUAUUAGCUGAUGUCGCUAGCCAGGCUCACUGGAUCCUGGAGUUAACCAAAUAUGAUUUCAAAGGAGCUGCUGGAUAUUUGGUUACUUCUGUUCCUGGAAUUCAUACGCACAGAAGCCCUUAUGUGUAUGAAUCCAAUAGUCAUAUGUUGGGUAACAAACACAAGUUUGAGUCUCGUGGUGCAAAAUUCCUAUCAUAUGUUGAAGCAUCUGUAGUUGGUAUUAGCCACAUCUAUCGUAUGUCAGCAGAUUCUAGUGGAGAGCAUUUAAAGAAGUUGGCAUUGCUUCUUGGAAAAUGCCAUGAAAACAUGGACGGGAUGUCAGAGAUUGUUUUGAGGAGAGCUACAAAUAUAGCAGCUGAUAAGAAUGCUGUGAGUGUGCUUAUUCCUAACCGAGAGGAUUUUUCUGUGGGAGAUUUUGUUCAACUGGGUUUUCUACCGCGGGAUGUUGCAAAAUGGGUGGCUCCACUUUCAGAUAUUGGCAUUUUUGCAUUUUCUGCUUAUAUUUGUCCUAAGGAAGUCCUUGCGACUGCGUUAGAAGGAAGUAACAAAAAAGUAAAACUGAUUAUUUAUGUUUAUGCGGGCCCUUCCUUUUCUACCAUUUCAGAAGUUACACAACUCGAACAUAUUUCUGCUAUAUGCACCAUUGUUGCAUCAAGUCAUAAGUACACAGGACUCUGGCGCCUUAAAGAGGUUUUGUGUCAGUACAAGUGGCCUGAACAUAUGGAAUCGGACUUCAUUUUUGGCAAGUAUACAAGUUCGUCCUCAGUUGGAAGUGUAAAUGCACAAUUUCUAGCUGCAUUCUCAGCAGCAACAGGAAAAAAAUCGGUGCCAUUUUCCGACUCUGAGGAGUCAGAUCCAGAUUGGGGCUGUUGGAGUGCAAGUCAAGAACUCAAAAACCCUUCUAUUAAGAUUCUUUUUCCUUGCAUUGAGAAUGUGAAGAACAACAGAAGUGGGAUAAUGGCUUCGAGGUGCAUCUUGUGCUUUUCACAGAAAACAUGGCAGAAGUUGGAAAAGGUCGGUAUACUCCAUGAUGCAAUUCCCUAUCCUAGCGACAGAGUUGGGAUCCCAAUGCAUGUCAAGGUGGGCCGAAGGCGAUUUGUGUCCAAGAGGGACAAAUCUUCCUUCGGGUGGGUUUACUGUGGGUCCCACAACUUCAGUGCUGCAGCCUGGGGACGACCUAUCUCUAACACGCAAUCAAACUGGAGGAAUACGAGAAAUGAUUCUGUACUGGGCUCGAGGCUUCACAUUUCUAACUAUGAAAUUGGCAUAAUUUUCGUUGUCCCGCCACCAGACUCGGCAGGCCAUGUCGAGCAAAAUAUUAAAGAUUUGGACGACAUUGUGUUGCCAUUUGUGGUGCCUCCGCCUAAAUACGGGCCUAGAGACAAGCCCGCUACAGCCCAAUCUAUGAGGGAGGCUUUAAAUGAGGAGAGAGAAAUGAAUGAAGCUCUGUUGGCGGCCUCUGCCGUUGAUUGGGCCGAGAAUGAAGUAAUGGAACAGGAGGAAGAUGAGGUUCUGGAAGCUUCCGGAUGCACGACUCGGGAAAGGGAAGAUGAAAGGGCUUACGCGGAUAAGCUCUGGAGCCAAGUUGAUUCUUCAGAAAGCUAGCUGUUGAAAUCGCAUCUUUUCGACUUUUCACGUGAGUGUUGUGAUUUACGAGUUGACGGUAUUUGCUGUGGUAUCAUUCAUUCAGCUUCUAUUAGCAAAGUGGAGGUUUGAAGCGCCUUUAUUCCAUUACAUUCUUUUUGACGCAUGCAGAGUGAAGUGAACCUUGGAAAGGUGAUUCUUGUUUGUGAUUAUAUUUGAGGAAGGCACACUGUAUUCUUUUACACAGAAGUUGUAAAUUGAUAGCGCUGUAAAUGCUAGGGAAUGUGGAGCGAGUAUUCACAACAAUAUCAACUCUUACAUGACUAGUAAGUGGCUGGCAUGAGCAAUGUGCUUGUAUUAUUCAUUUGGAUAUAAAGAUAUUUGCCAAGGAUAUGGCCUUCGUAGUUAGCGGUUAAUAGGUAACGAAUUGUAAUAGCUAUUUUUACCAAUUGUUGGUAUCAGCUAUUUCGACUCGCUGAUAGUGUUUGCGAUUUUUUAAAAUAUGUUUUGUAGAAGUAGCCUAUUCAUUUAAAAAAAAUAUAAUU